AACCGGUUUCCCACCUACCCUGCACAGCGCUCUUUCUUCCUCUGUACUCCUAAUGUCUAAUUUCAUUCUUUCCCUCUGACCGGUGCUGCAUCCUUUGCUCUUCUGCGUGCCUUCUUUUCCCGGCUGUCAUGAUAUCCUUGUAGCUGACCUUGCCUCCGUUUCUUCAUUUUCCAGGCCUAGGCCGACAUGGAUGCCUCUGGUUUGGACCCAGAUUCUUACACAGCCCAGCGCCUUCAACAUGCUACCCCCGAACACCUCUAUCUUACCUCGCGCCGCUGUUUCGUCGGCCCUAUCCCCGAAGGAUGGCUCAAGUCGUACCGUCGCGACUGGUACAAGCACCAUUUACACAUCAACUACUCGUCUCGCGCCGCGACCUUCUCCGCAGGCGCUCUCGUAUCCCAUCAUCGACGCGUGACGGGCCUGGAGACCCCUCGCACAUCGGCGGAAAUCCCCGCAAGCUUUCCUCAACCAGCUGAUUUGGCGGCUGAGGAUACCGAAUAUGAGGAUGUAGAACCAGGGAAGGGCGCUGCUGUGGAUGUGCCUGGCCCAGCUGCAGUGGUUGCUCCCCGAGCGGAACACGCAGACAAUGCUAUUGUGGAUGAGAGCCUAGAAGAGCAGGGAAAGACACAGGACUCUUCUCCUAGUACCAAAAGAGAUCGCAGAAUGUCGCAAAAGGACCCUGCUCACAAAGGCAAACUCGCAGGCUCGUUUUUCACGGCUUCGGAGGGUGCUGCAUCUCAGCCAAACACCGAUAUGCGCGCGAUAUCGAGGGGUGGAAGCAGUCUUCAGCCACCACCUGGCUCUCCGCGUGGUGAUGCUUCUACGUCGUCUUUACUGCCCAAAGCUGACUCUGGUCCAGCAGCGGCAGUACACUUUAAGCCCAUGCGGCGUGCUAACACCAUGCCUACCCGUGGAGUUACGUUUGCUGUACCAGAGGAACCCAAGCGCUCCCAACUUCAGGCCAAAGCACGGUUGACACAAAUGAGCUUACGUCGUGCGGGUAGCCGAACCAAAACUCGCAAGCCCCAGGAGGGACAAAUCAUCAAGAUGGAAAAGAUGCUUGUACGCGUAGAAUCCACUAUGGCAGACCUUGGCGACGACUUUGAUGAGAAUGUGGCUCGGGGUAUUGACGCGAGAACGACAGAGAAGUGGAGAGAGUACAUGGUUGUCUGCAGAGACAGCACGGAGGACGAUGCUCAGUUUGUUCUUCAGAUGUACAAAACAAGAGUUAUACCCGGAGUCGAACAACAGAAAACCAAAAAGAAACCAAAACAUGAGAUAUUUCUCAGCCGCAAGUCUAUUAAAGUCAAUCUUUAUUCAUCCUUAGACAAGUCUGUCGUCAUCUGGGGCCCAUGGCGACAAUCUACGAGAAUUCUUCUCAUGCGCCCACGUUCUGGAUCUGAUGCCGUUGAAUGGUAUACUUUCUUGCGGAAUAUUCUCGGCUGGCACCGAGCAAGGGAGCUCCAGAUUAACGUACCGGAUUUGAACGUCAGCGUUCGUCUUGAUAAUCCUUUUCAGCAACUGGAAGAAUCCACCGAUCUUGAGCGCAUUGAGGAUGGUAGUGAGGAUGCCAUCACAAGGUCUGCAAUUGAAGAAGAGCUGGUGGCACAGAACAUUAUCAAUCGGACUCUCGACUUGCUCAAAAAAUCGGGUGAGUACGGAAACAUUGUAAGGCCAUGGGCUGAAUCCGGGCGUGUGGGUUUAGCUUGGAAGAGGUACGACCGUUUGGAAUGGAUACAUGGCGAUAACGAACGGAAAAUGUAUGGCACCAUUGCCAUGGCAAAAACCCACGAGUUGGAGUUGCGGCCGAAGCAGCAUUAUCCAACUACCGCCACAGAUGACGAAGACGCGAAACUUCGCGAGCCAGUGCCCGUUGAAGGUUUCCUCAUCAGGCUAACAAGCCAAAGAGGCGUCGACAAGAGGCUCGGGCGAAUGUUUUUCAAGCGGCUCUAUUUCUCGACUCAUGACAACUUCCUGGUAUUUUCUAGGCCAGCGAGGGCAAAUCCUCCUCCGCCUCCAAAGCUGCCCAGUUCUCGCGGGUCUAGAAUCCCGUCAGCAAAACAAAUUGCUGAGGGAAUCCCCAUCGUUUAUGCGGUGAACCCGUACCCUAUCAAAAACGGAGAGAUCGAGUGGCUUGCAGCUGGUAAUCGAGGACUGCCUGAAGAUAUCAACCACCAUGAUCAGGACGCACGCGAUGAAGCCGAGAGGAAGACCGAUUUGCUCCUCAAGUGUGAUGGCUACAUAAAUCUUUGCAACGUGACAAAGAUCAGAAACGUGCAGCGUGGAGCGACGGCUGUGGAUGAGGAUAUAGAGAGCGGCUCAGACGUCGACUUUGACCGAGAAGUGGCCGACACAAUGCAAGACGACGGUGUCACCAAAGAGUUUGAUGACGAGAGGACUUUUGAGCUUGUCCUUAAGAAUGGGCUGCUCAUCCGUCUCCAGGCUUACAACAAACUCACGAAAAACGAGUGGAUGCGUCGUCUUCGUGACCUCGUGAAAUACUGGAAAUAUCGUUCAACCAGCGAUAUUGAGCUUACGAAAUCUGUACGGAGGCGAAAUCUCGCUCUUCUCAACAUUGACGAGGAGGCGGAAGCCCUAGUGGGCCAGUUUGCCCGGAAAUGGGAAGUCCUGCAUACACAUGCUAGCCCAGAUCUGUACAAUCUCUGUGGAAUCUCCAACUGCAGAACAGUACAUCACCAGAUCGCAGGCACACUUUACCGCAAACCACGGCGACACGGCACCUUCACACGCUGCUCUGUCAUCCUGUCCAGCGGCAAACUCCUGGUCUUCCAAGACUCCCUCCGCAAAGCGACCGGCAAGCAAAUCUCGCACAUCCACAACGAACACACCGCGACGAUCGACCUCAGAGACUGCUACCUCUACAGCGGCCUCGUAACGGAAAACGACCUCCUCUACCAAAACCGGACUUUUGACAACAACCGGCCAGGCCACACAGCGCUGCCGCGCAUCUACCUCGAGGACGGCUGGACCAGCACCGACGAGGACAGCAUGACGUGCUUUGUCAUCUGGCACGCCGCCAGGCGUAGCCUCUUCCGCCGCGAGAAGCUGCACAGCCCGGAGGACAAGGAGCGCGAUCCCGCGCGCAAGACGCGCUUCAAGUGGGUCAGCCAGCUCGGCGUUCCGGGCAAUACGAUGGUGUUUAAGGCGCGCAGCCGCGCGGAGCGGGAUCAUUGGGUGCUGGCGAUUCAGACGGAGAUUGAGAAGAUGGGCGAUAUGGACGAAGUGAGGAUUACGGGCGUUGAUUGA